AUGUCAGGCUUUUAUCAACUCAACCUUUAAUCACACUCUCACUUCCCUUAUGCAGAUACUCCUCAACACAUCAAAACCAAACCCUUACCAAGUCCUUAGGCAGAAGAAAUUGAAACAUUUAGUUUGGAUGAUUCAUGGGACAGCAACAUCUCUCCAACAAAUAAAAAGACAUUCAAAGUUGAUAAACCCAUCUUGGUUAUCCAGUAUUUGGAUUGCAAAUUAAGAGACUAAUUUUGA